AUGUCACUAACCCAUGUUUUUGUUGAGGAAGUGCUGUCAUCACCUCUCAACAGCUCCUUUUCUGUGUCCCCGCUGUCAUGCUUUGGUUUGUCUGUGAAAGCACACCCCUCCCUCCCGCUGCGGCCUGCUCAGCUCUUGUCCUGCCCUUUACAAUACGAGACCACUGUCCCCCCUCCCUCCACCACUCCACUAACUCAUACAGAGACCCCCGGCUGCCCUCCCAUGUGCUGCAGCCGCAAUCACAGCCUGGACCCAGGACCCCGGCAUAUGGGGGACAGAGCAGAGGGGAUGCCCCGCCAUGUGCUCCACAGCUGGGGAGCUGCUAGAGUGGCCAAAUUGUUCGCCACUCAAAGCCACAGCCUCUCUGUCCUCCGCCUCUCCUCUGUGAGGGCUGGGCAUGCCUUGCUGGUGGUGCAUGCGGGAGGCACUGGCUCCCCUUCAGCACCUGAUGGGUGUCCAACAGGCUUAUCAGGCAAGAGGAAGCCUGCUGAGAGGACUCCUGGAGAGAAGAAAACCUCAGAGCGCUCAGAUUUAGCCACACUGGGAUGGUAG